AUGAAUAGUACACGACUGCGUCACAUUGAAAAUGCAUUAAACAAUUUUAAUUUUAUAUCUCCUUUGGACAUUUAUAUGCGUUUAUAUUUUAAAAGCAACAACAUAAAGAACAAAGAUAAACCAUAUAUUUCAGAACAUGUUUACAAUAUAAUAAAGAACAAUACUCUCUUAGCUUAUUUAUCCUCCCCCAUUUCGCUAUAUACUAAUAUAAUUAAAACGUACUUUUCAUCGGACAGAUGGAAAUACGAAAUGAACAACGAAAAAAUACCUGCACAUGUAAGGUACUCUUUCCCAAAAGAAUUAUAUGACCAGUUAAUAAAUUGUUAUGGUGAAAAGAGAAGUAUUACUUUGAUGUCUAUUUUAAAUGAAAAGGCACCAGUUUUUUUAAGAGUGAACAGUAACAAAAUAUCAAGAAAUGAGUUGUAUAAAACUUUAAUAAGUAGAGGAAUAUCAGUUGAAAAAUGUGUGAAUUCCCCACAUGGACUGUUAUUAACAAAAAACGAAAUACUGAAAAAUAUUCAUGAAUAUAAAAAAGGGUAUUUUGAAAUUCAAGAUGAAGCAAGCCAAAUAGUUAGUUCGAAAAUACCAGUACAACCUGGUGAUAAAGUACUUGAUUAUUGUGCAGGAUCAGGUGGAAAAACAUUAGCUUUUUCCAUUUUUAUGGAAAAUACAGGUAAAAUAUAUUUACAUGAUAUACGAGAUAAGAUGUUAUCACAAGCAAAAAUUCGCCUAAGAAGAGCUGGAAUUCAGAAUUAUAUUCUUUUAAAUUCUAAUCAUAUUUUAUUAAAAAAAUUAUUUGGUUAUAUGGAUGUAGUAAUUGUUGAUGUGCCCUGUACAGGUACAGGUGCCUUAAGAAGAAACCCAGAAAUGAAAUAUAAAUUUACAAAUGAUAAAUUAUAUAAAUAUGUAGAUUUACAAAGACAGAUUUUUGAAAAAGCAUUGCUUUAUCUUAAAAAAAAUGGGAAAAUUGUAUAUAUUACAUGUAGUAUAUUAGAUGCUGAGAAUGUUCAUCAAGCUAAAUAUUUUUGUCAAAAGCAUAAUUUAUAUUUAUCUGAGCCACCAUUUCAUUCCUUACCUCAAUCAAAAUCAAUGGAUGGCUUCUUUAUGGCAGUUUUUGAAAGAAAGGAAUGA